AAAUAGGCGUCAGUGUGCAGUGGCAUGAACAGCACGCCAGGCAAGUGGCAACCCUGAGCAUCAGGACUCGGCAAUCACAGAGAGGCUGGCAGCUGGCGUUAGCUGUGAAGCCUGGAGAAGAGAGAAGAUGGCCCUCCUUGUAGCUCUGGGGCUCUUGCUAGCUGGGAUGUGUCCUGAUGUUCUCUGCUACCGAUGUGGCACACGGCAAGGUGAUGCUGCAGUCCAUGAAGACCAAGAAAAUGGGACACAAGUGGACAGUCUAACAUUGGUCUCCAGGAACACCGACUUUGCCUUCAGCCUCUACAAAAAGCUGGUUUUGAAGAAUCCAGAUAAAAAUGUCGUCUUCUCCCCAUUCAGCAUCUCUAGUACCUUGGCAGUCCUGUCCCUGGGAGCAAACAGUAACACCAUGGAAGAGAUUCUAGAAGGUCUCAAGUUCAAUCUCACAGAGACCCCUGAGGCAGACAUCCACCAGGGCUUUGCGCACCUCCUAGACAUACUCAGCCAGCCAUGGGACCAGGUGCAGAUCAGCACAGGCAGCGCCAUGUUUAUUGAAAAGAGCCUGGAGAUCCUGGCAGAGUUCAGGGAGAAGGCAAGGGCUCUGUACCAGGCCGAGGCCUUCACCACCAACUUCCAGCAGCCUCAAGAGGCCAAAAAGCUCAUCAAUGACUAUGUGAGGAAACAGACCCAGGGGAAGAUCGAGGAACUGAUCUCAGACCUGGAUGAGGAGAUAUCCAUGGUGCUGGUGAAUUACAUCUACUUUAAAGGAAAAUGGAAGAAUCCCUUUGACCCUCAUGACACGUUCAAGUCUGAGUUUCACUUGGACGAGAAGAGGUCUGUGAAGGUGCCCAUGAUGAAAGCUGAGGACCUGACCACACCCUACUUCCGGGAUGAGGAGCUGUCCUGCUCUGUGGUGGAGCUGGAGUACACGGGCAAUGCCAGCGCCCUGUUCAUCCUCCCUGACGAGGGCAAGAUGCAGCAGGUGGAGGCCAGCUUGCGACCAGAGACCCUGAGGAAGUGGAAGAACUCUCUGAGGCCCAGGAUGAUAGAUGAGCUCUAUCUACCCAAGUUCUCCAUCUCCACUGACUACAGCCUGGAGAAUAUCCUUCCGCAGCUAGGCAUCAGGGAAGUCUUCUCCACACAGGCUGAUCUGUCUAGGAUCACAGGAGCCAAGGACCUGAGAGUCUCUCAGGUGGUCCACAAGGCUGUGCUGGACGUGGCUGAGACAGGCACAGAAGCAGCUGCUGCCACAGGAGUCAAAAUAGUUCCAAUGUCUGCAAAAUUUCCUGAAUUGACUGUGGAUUUCAACAGGCCAUUCCUGGUGUUUAUCAUUGAUGGAAAUACUGAUAUUGCCCUCUUUUUAGCCAAAGUCACAAAUCCCAAGAGAGGCUAGAACUUCCCAAACAAUUGGGCUUCUUCCUAGGAGCCAGGGAUGGAGCCUGUGUGUGGGUUUCUCUCUAUGUGCCUUUUGGCCUCCAUGCUAUGCUUGCCAGUGGCAGGCCUGUAUUGGACAGUGAACUUGACCCUCACAUGCACAGAAGCUUCUAGUUGGUCAGUGUCAGGCUCCCAGUCCUCUUGGCAGGACCUGGAAUGAAUCUGUCUUUAUUCUGUCACUGCUACUCCCCUCUGUCUGCUUCUACCCAAAGCCUGGGCCUGACAGAUAGGCUCAGUCCCAAUUUAGGCUCCUGUUUUGUCUGCCCUCAGCUUUGGCAGUCUUGAUGGAACUGUGAAAGCUUACAGGCUUACAACCUCUGUGGACCUCAGGGCUAGGACCAAGAAGGGAACCUGCUGCCCUGUGUCUGUCUGCAGCAUCUGGGACCACUCGGUGCCCAAUUCCUGCCUCACUCUUUUCCCCACUCCAGGGUCUGACACCUACUGCACAGCUGUCCACAUCUGGUACAUUCUUGGAGCCCCCACUUCUCCAGCAGCAUGGGGCCCAUUGGUCAGAUUGGCUCCUUUACCCCUAGCCCUCAUACUCAGGGCUAAGAGCCUUUUUCUAAGUUCACGGCUGAAAAGCCUCAAAUGACAGAUGAACUCCUCUGCCUUCAUCACCCAAAAUAAAGAGCUUUGAUCAAAUGAUCAAA